GUGAAAGCUUCCGCGAACUCUCGCAAUUUUUCUUGGAAUAUCCCAUAAACUCCUUUGGUUCAAACAUGCCUAAUGCUAAGAAAAACAAUAAAUGGAAGCGAGCGUUCAAAGAAAAGUUUUCAGAACUCUCUCAUAAAUGGGAAAUGGUCGUUGUUCAGAAUGGCCAAAAACAAGAUUCGGUCAAAGACGACAUGAAGACAUGUAAAUUCAAAUCGAAGACGAAAUUUGAAUGCCGCAAAUGUAAGCACGCAUGGACGUCAUUGUUCGCAAUGGUCGUAUUUCAGUUUAAACUACGACGAAAUGUACAUGGCGAAGUAAAGAUGCAUUUGAUUGGGCAACUGUGUAAGAAAUGUUCCAGUGAUGUAUAUGAAAGACCAAUGUGGUCAGAGGAACAGAUAUCGGCGGCCAUGGCAAGGCUACGACAGCGUGUCAAUGAAGCGUAUUACGGCGCAGAGAAACCGCGAAACCGUUCCAAGAAGAAAGAAAAAAACAAUAUGCGAGGGCCACAUAUCCAGGACCUGUGCGAAGCCUGUGCACUAGGAGUUUGCACACGAAGUUAACAAUUGAAGAAUGAAUAACAAUUACAACGACGCUUGUUUUUGACGUUUCAUAUCGUUAAUAUUUAGUUUGCAUAUUUAUAAUAUUCGUAUAUUUUCAUAGAGAUUGCAUGUAUAAUCGCAACGAGAUGACGACACCAAAACAAAUUGUAGUUUAUUAUCGGAAUGGUAUUGGAGUACCAAUUGAAAUGCAGGUGUUGUGUUGUGGUUCGCUGCAGUAUAAAAUAUCGAGUCAACCCGCUAUAUAUCCUUCAUCAUCGACAAUAGUCUUGGAGGAGUCGUCACGUUAUAGUCCCUCAUAUUUUCAUAUUUUGUUUCAUGCACACGGCGGAAGUGAAAAAUUUCAAAAAAGUGACUGUGAAUAGCACAUUGUGUAUUAAAUAUAUAACCACUGGCACAGCUGGAAGAAUGACGAACCUAGUCUGUUUAUAAUUUGCAAUAAGAAGUUAAAUUCCAUUAAAUACAGUAUAUUGUAAUCAUUCACCAAUAUAUCACAUUUUGUUUUUCACCUGUGUCACUUCAUACUGCAUGGGUAACAGCCAGGAUUGCAAGAAGAAGUUAAAUUCCAUUAGGCCAAAUAAAAAAAAUAGUUUGUUUCAGGUUUCACAGCUAUGUUUUAUAUGGGUAUAGGUAGGUCGGAAAAACGUUUUAUUUAAAAACGUUUAAGAAUUUAUCUCAAGUAUGCAAUAAAUAUAAGUUAAAACUCAUUAUAAACUCUUAUAGUUUUUAUUGUUUUUACAUGUGUUUCACGAGAAACAUGUUGCAGUACAUGCAAGCCGUUUGACAUGUGUUUCGACAUGUGUUUCAUUUGUUGUUUUUUUUGUUGUUUUUCGUUUUUUUGUUUUGACAUGUGUUUUGCAAGAAACAAGCGCAUCAAGGCAUUUUCAUCUUUUUUCAGCCGUAGAUCCCAUGUCAGAUACUGAGAAUAAUGUACGUUUUUAAUAUUUUAUUCAACUGUUCUUUGUGUUAAACUACGAUUUAACAUGACUUGAUAAUUAUUAAAUUAUAAGCAAACAAGAGAAAAAUUGUAGACAAAUGAGUCUGAUGACUAUUUAUAUAUUCUGCUAUUUACGAAAAGAUGAUCUCUACUGGGAAAUGUGAAUAAAAUGUUUAUGGUCGGUCAUAUUUUUGACAAGUCGGUCGGAAACCUGAAACCAACUAUUAUUUUUAUUUGGCCUUAAAGUAACAAUAUAUUGUAAUCAUUCACCGAUAUAAUAUUAAUCACAUUUUGUUUUUCACCUGUGUCACUUUAUACUGGAUGGGUAACGGCCAGGAUUUCUACUUAAGUUGAGAAAUAUGGACGAUACCCAACAAGGAUGAUCAUCUGAACCAUCCAAAUCAACACAAAACCACAAGCCUUAAUACACAAGACUUUUGGGUAUAAACGAUUAGGCCUGUUAGAUGGUUCAUAUGAUCAUCCCUUACAAAUCCUGGCUGUUACCCAGUAUAAAGUGACACAGGUGGAAAACAAACUCGGAUGUGAUUAAAAUAUUAUAUUGGACCAUUGGUGAAUGAUUAGAAUCAUACUUUAAUUGAAUUUAACUUCUUAUUGCAAGUCAACUCCGUACUUUGUAAAGUAGAUGAAAUGUAUAUUUUGAAAGUCUUGCAAACUAAAAAACC